AUGGAGUUAAUUGGCUUCCAUUGGCUCCAUUCAAAAAUUAUUCUUAAUGGAGCAAUGGAGCAAUGUCAAUGGAGUUGUUCUCCAUUCGCCUCAAUGGAUAAAUGUGCCAACCCUGCCCAUCGG